AUUCAACGCGACUUGGAAAAAAAAAUACUUAUUCGGGGAAACGGUGAAACUUUAUUUUAGUUAAUCUGUAUUCGUAAAAACUGUCGCACUCAAUAUGAUAAGUAAAGUUGAUGUUAAUCGCCACAAUAGUGGUUUUAACUAUCCCUAAUUGCUAUUCCAAAUGUAUUGUAUCAAAAUCUAUAAAAUAUCCUCAGCGAUUUGUUUCCACAAUGGCUGAUAGAUUUCUCGGUGAUAUUUAUAACGUUCUAGCGAAACAUGAAAAUGGUAAUCUGAUUUUUUCGCCACUUAGUUUGCACGCCUUGCUAACCAUGUUAAAUUUGGGCGCAAGUGGGAAUACUUCUUCGCAAAUCAAUAUACCCUUGCGGAUGUCUUGUGAUAAGAAUAUUGCUGCAGAAGGAUACCGACAACUUAUUGGUCUUUUACUCAAUAUCGAAGAGGUCAAGCUUAAAUUCGUCAAUAAAAUUUUCGUAUCACAAACGUCGGUACUAAAGAGCAGCUUUGAGAGUAAAAUGACGUUUUUUUUUAAAUCCAAUACAUCCUUAAUUGAUUUAACAAUACCAGAAAAAGCUGCUGAAGAAAUUAAUCGUUGGUAUGCGGAGGAAACUGAAAAUCAUAUAACGAAUUUAUACAAGCCCAGUGAUAUUGAAAACGCAAAAAUCUUGUUGGCUAAUGCCAUUUACUUCAAAGGCAAUUGGACUAAUAAGUUCGAUCCUCGGAAUACGCGACCAUAUCGUUUUUAUGUUAAUGGUCGUAAAGAAUCAGUAAAAAAUGUACCGAUGAUGUUUAUAAACGCCGAAUUCCAGUGGGGCUAUAUUCCUGAUUUAAAGUCUGGUUUUAUUGAACUUCCAUAUGGCAAUCAAACAAAUCCAGCGAUGAAGAUGACGAUUAUCCUUCCGAAUUUAGGAGUUGAUAUUAGAGAUGUUGAGAGAAAUAUUAGCAAAUUAGCUACAAUUAAGUAUCACGGAUCUACAAGCAUGGUUGCUUUGCGUUUGCCAAAGUUCACAAUCGAGAGCGAAUUUGAUCUAAAACCGAUUCUAAAAGAAAUAGGGAUUACUGAUAUAUUUGAAAACACGGCUAAUUUCCAAGAUAUGACGGAGAGUUCUGGGUUGAAAGUUACCAAAGUCGUUCAGAAAGUUGUCAUUGAAGUCAACGAAGAGGGUAGUGAAGCCACUGUUGCUUCAGGAAUGACGAUGCAAUCAAGAGAAGCAAGUCCAGAUUUCAUUGUAAACAGACCAUUCUUGUAUUUUAUUUCUAUGGAAAAUUUGAAAUGGAUAUUGUUUGCUGGUCGUGUUAUGGACCCUACUGCAGUUUGAUUUCAUUUGCAUCAUCAAAAUUUUUCUAAGAACCAAAAUUUUGAAUAAUUCUAAAAAAAGAUAACAUGGGACAGUUUUUAUGAAUUUGGAAAUUUGUAAUAACUAUUGAAUAAUGCAUAAUAAAAUAAAAUACAAAAAAAUAAUUAUU